UCGAACAACAGUUAUCCUCCGCUGGACGAGAACAAAGUGAGGCGACACUACCGUGGCGAUAUCCAUAGCCCUGCUGUAAUCGUCGAGGACCGCAUACUCGUGGAGGAUAUCCCGGAACAGAAAGCCGAAGACAGUGUGGAGAAUGGUGGCAGGCAAGUCGUUAAAGUGUAGAGCAGACAUCGUAAGGAAAGGCUGG